CUCAGUUUGAGUGAAGCAUCCGAAGUGGUUGGAAGUGCAUAAAAUCCGCAGGCUGUUCCAACAAGCAUUCCAAAGUGGAAGUAAUCAAUUGCUUUCCUGAGAUUCGGAAAGUUAUUAUUGUGCUCGUAAUCGAAAAGUCAAAAUCCGACCGAAAUCGAAGUGAUAUAUUGGUUCCCACUGGACACUGCCGAAGCAGUGGGUGGUAUUCCCUCAGCAUGAAGAAACGAAGAUCCAGCGGGUGCAGAAAUUGUGGUUGAUUCGGCAUUCUAUGCAAUCAGUGGGUUGAAAUCCUUGAGCACCAGUCAGUGUCCAUCCCGUGUGGAAAGGGAGUGGUAAAAAAUCUGUUCAGCUGCCAGUUGCAACUAGUCGAGAAUCCCCGGGGACGUUACCGCACGAGAGAUGACGGAACAAAAUAAGUGAAGAAGCCCCAGUGAAAGAUAGUUUAAUCCGCUUCGUAGUAUUAAUCUUGUCGGUUGUGCCCAGCUUACGGCAUCGCACACUGUUGACCGACGGAGGAGAAGAAGGUGAUGAUAGGGUUCACUCGAGUAGAAUUUUAAAUUAUAUAAAAUGCUGGUGGGACAGAAUGGUCGCGAGUGAGUGCGUUAUCGCGUCCUGAUCCUGCAAGUAGUAAGUAUAUAGAGGUGAUGCUUCGGGAACAAAGUGCGAGAGAAAUCAAUUGACGCUAAUUGGUCACAUAAUCGAGAGUGUUACUGAACGAUUGAACGUUUUGAUACAAAAGAAUAUAAAAAGUGAAUUUUACCAUCGCGUUGGAUGCAGCAGGAAGGAGCAAGGGAUAAUUGAAAAUUAUUACUACAAAAGCCCCCACGUAGCAAUGAUUAACGCACCGUCUAGACCUGGCUGUCCCCUUCCCUGCCGAACUGCCCGAUGGACCGGUUCGGUACGUACCGCACUGGAGAUGAUGGAGAUCGGCCAGCUUACUCCUACGGUACCGAUUCCAGCACGUCCUCUCAGUCCUAUGUGCGUCCGUUCGACACAAUAAGAGCGCUGCACGAAACAAUCGUUUCACUGCGGACCGCCCUGGAAGAGAGUCGCCAGGACAACGAUCGGUUGCGGAAGCAAAUCAGUGUCCGAAGUAUCGUAGACGAGGGAAAAAGCUACCUCCAGCAGCAGCAGGAGGAAACAAUCGAGGACAACCCAAAUUUUUCGAUCAUCGAAUCCGACGAGAAAGAAAUUCCGGAAAAGAAACCGAAGAAACUGAAAAAGAAGUACAAGGUAAGAAUACCAGAAGAUAGAAGCGAAACAGAGGACAGAACAACCUCGGAUCAGGAAGAGACACGAAAAAAACCGUCAACAAAAGAUGCUAGGCAACAGAAAGUGUCUAUAGUUCCGGAUAUUCAAAUAGUUUCACAUCCAGCUUCAAGCCACUCCACGAUGGCAUCCCGGAUCGACGUAAAAAUAAAGGUUUCCUCCAACAUCAACGUCGACGGUAGCAGUUCCGAAGCUGACAGCUCGGAACCGACUAGAGUAACUGUAGAAACAAAGGAGCGGGACGCUCCCGAAAUGCCCGAGGAUGAAGACAAAACGCUUGCCGAGGAGCAGGAAGAUUCCACAGGCAACACAACGAUUCGGGAAGAGUUUGUCAAAGGCGAUGUGUCGAAUUUGAAGAUAAACAUCACCAACGAGGAAAACCUCAGCGUAAUCAAAUCUACCGAAGGCAUCAACAUUAAACAGCAAUCGUCGGAGAACCUUCAUGUGGACGUCGAUCAGCAAAGUAAUCCGUCGAUUUCCGAAGGCGAUAACUCGGUCUUCACAGAGGAAGUCGCGACUCCGGUUGAACCUGAUCCGCCGGGAGCCGCCGGUUACACGACACCGCAACCGAGAAGGUCGGUGAAGAAAAGUGAAUCCGAGAACCAAGAAGAAGUGGACGACAUUGAACUGAUCUUUUCGUCGGACGACAACAAAGACAUCAUUCAGGAGGACUUGGUAUCGAUUUCCGACUACGAACCGUGGCAAGAAACGGGCCAGUCUGGAACGCCAGUUCUCAUUAACUUUCGGAACCUUUCUUCAGAUCAGGAAUCACUUAAGAAGGACUCGAUCGAACGAAGCGACAGUGAUGCGGUUGAAGGCGACGGGUCUAGUAGGGAUUUACCAAAAGAAAAGAGCUUAGAAAGUCAGGAUUCCCUGGGGGCAGAUAAUGUUAAGAAAAGUAUAGAUUUCAGUACAAAAUCGUUGGAAAAGGACUCCAGCUUAGAUGACGGAACGGGGGAAGUGAAUCGGGGCGAUUCCUUCGACGUGGGUGCUAUCAGUGGAACGAAUACGUUGGGGAAACGCUGGACUAAUUAUAAUGUGCUUAUCGAGACAGACAUUUCCAAAUGUGGAAUCGCGGAAGACAACAUAUUGGAAAUGGGCAGGAGAAAUACCUGCCCGAAUCCUCCAGCUUAUAGACCUAUCAUUCACACGCGAACUCCGGCGGCAGCCGUUUCCAACCGAAGUCCACUGGCGGUGAAGUUCUCGCGAAGCCCUCGAACCUACUCCCCGCAUCAGUAUCUACCACCGGGGAAAACUCUACGAACCGUUACAGCCGCAGACUGUGUCGGCGGGUCCGCCGGAUCCUCCGAUGAAGCCAAACGGUCUCGAGCAGCUCAAACGGACAUCACGGCACUCUCCCAGCAGUGGCGUUCGGAGACCCAUCUAUCCGGGACGGAAAUCGGCUCCGGACUGUACACGCUACCGUCGAAGUUCGUUCCCCCGCCGGCGAUCGGCACGCGCAAGUAUACACUACGACCAUCCGAUAAAACCCAAGAGGCCCGUCGAGUGCUGUUGAGCGAUAUCAAUUUCACCAGCAUGGUACCGGAGCUGUCCCGUUCGGCGGAUCACCUCUGCCAGCAGGAGCAGGAGGAAGACGAGGAGAACAACGAGAACCGGUCGCCCAACUACUGCAAGGGCAAUUUGCUCAAGACGCCGGAGACCGUCAAGGGCAUCCCGCCCAGCUUCAGCAUGACCUCACCAGGAGUCUCCCAGUGGACGGUCAACGAGAGCAGCAUCGCCACGCAAACGACGCAAACGGAAGCCUACUGGGCGGAUCGGGGUGAUUCGUUCGAUUCCUCCAAGAGCUACUCGCUCGGCUCACGGUAUUCUACGCUGAGCAAACAUCACCGCUCCCGGAGUGUCCCGUCGAUACGGUGUGCCAUCUGCAGGCAGGGUCACCAUUCGAUAGCACUACGACCGUCCGAGAGUAUGCACUACACCCCGCGGGUAAGCUUCCAGGAACCAUCGCACAAAAUUCGUGGCUCUUUACCCGAUCUACGGCACGAUUGCAAUUGUCCCAGGAGAUACGGAGGACCAUCGCUGUACAGAAUUCAUGGCGACUCCGGAGGAUCAACAGAUAGUUUACUGGAAGAGGCAGAGGAGUUUCUACGAAGGUCUGUUGAGGGUAACAUAAUGCACGAGGAUCCCGAAGAGCACUGUCAGCCUCCGCCGCCACUCACUCCAGCUCCGCAUGUUGUCGGACCGAGUAAGCACCGAAGGUGCUCCGAAAAUGAUAUUCAGAGAGAUUUCAUACCUUCGAAACACGCACUGCCAUUCUUGCCAAAGACCGCCAAAUGUCUCAAGCCGGGACACCUGGCGAAGGUUAUAGCCCGCAAUGGCCGCGUGGUGGUCGGUCGAGUACGCUAUAUUGGCCCGCUGGCGGGCACUGACGGAGAUGUGGACGAGAAAUACGUUGGCCUACAGCUGCCCAACAAUCUGGGCGAUUGUGAUGGAUCGAUCGAUGGAAGGAAAUUUUUCGAUUGUGAACCUUUACAUGGCAUCUUUGUACCGUUUAAGAAGGUUGUCAUGGCGUGGAACUCCUAAGCGACACUGGUAGUAACAGUAGCGGCAGAAUGAGGCAAUUAACGGAAGCUUCCACGAAUCGAUCGCGCACUUCGAGGGGAGGAGAAGUGUUUUCUGUCUUCUGUUUUCUUCGGUUAAACUUCACCCGCGCGCGAGCUUCCCCAUCACGGACCAGAAAAAAUAACCACUUUGCUGGUACUGGUGCGAUGAAAGGACAUCGAUUUGUCCUUCAGUGGGAGGAGGAAGCCUUUUCCCAGCGGGUGGUUGGUGAGUAGAUUGAUGAAAUGCAAAAUUGACACGUUGAACGUUGGAAGGAGGUUUCCUUUAAUUGUGAGUCACAGAAAUGCGAUGAAUGUUGUUUCGUGUUUGCUAAGAGAUGUGAUUUGAGUGAGUAGAAUAAUGAAAUACAGAAAGAUUAAACGAUAUACGCAGACAACAUUACCUAAACUGAAUGGAGGAUUUCAAUGAGAAUCAAAUCAACGUGGUGAAACAACAAACAGUAUGCAUGUAAACUUAUUACUAGUCAGGUAGAAACAAAAAUAUAUUUGUUAGUCAUUACAACAAUACAGAAAUAAUCAUCUAUGUGAAUGUUGUGCUGAAAGAGCACUUUUUUAGGAUGGAAUCAAAAUCAUUUUCCGAAAGUUAAACAUCGAGUGAACGCAAAAUUGAUCGAAAGAGGAAAGGCGCUGUCGAAAACAAUGGUUACAAUAGAAACUGAGCUUUUUCAUGCAGAAACUGGUUCAAAAACAGCAGGGUAAUCAAUUACUCAACUGUAAUAAUAUUAUAUAUAAAGAAUGUGAAGACAUCUGAAAAGCAUCUAAUUGGGAAGCAUAUUUUUGAUAUAAGUGUUUGUAGGAAGUUCUAUCUGUUAGCUAUUGGUCGCUUUCAGCCAACAGAAUCGAUUACUGGAAUCACUUAAGAACUGUAUUGUAGCAAGCAAGCGAAUGAACUUCCUCGCGCCUUCGCGACUCUACUUCGGGAGUACAACAACAUUCUCUGUUUGAAACAAAAGCUAUCCAGCCGUAAACGCACGGCAGCCUACGCAAGCUAGAAGACACCAGCCUAGUUUUACUACCGAGCUGAAAAGCAAAAGUGAUUGUUGUGAAAUAGGUGUGAAAUAACAGUACUUGAAAUGUUAUAUACCUGUCGUCCAUAGUUAGUUAAGCCGAACACAUAUGAGCUUCAGUCGAACUCAAAACUAUCAAAAGUACAGUUGUAACAAGUUGAUGAUUAAAUAAAAGCCAGCUGAUGUAACGAAAAAUA